GAGCGCGCGAUGCUGGCGACGCUGGCGAGGGUGGCAGCUCUGCGAAGAACCGGCCUCCUCUCCGGCCGGUGCGGCGGGAGGGGGCUGUGGACCGGCCGCCCGCAGUCAGAUAUGGACAAUAUAAAGCCAUUGGAGGGUGUAAAAAUACUGGAUCUUACAAGAAUCCUGGCGGGACCUUUUGCUACUAUGAAUUUAGGAGAUCUUGGAGCAGAAGUUAUAAAAGUGGAGAGACCAGGAGCUGGUGAUGAUACACGAACUUGGGGGCCACCUUUUGUGGGGACAGAAAGUAUAUAUUAUCUCAGUGUUAAUCGAAAUAAAAAAAGUAUUGCUGUUAAUAUCAAGGAUCCAAAAGGGGUGAAAAUCAUCAAAGAG